AUGGCGACUAUCAAGGGCACCUGGACUCAGGUCUAUCAAGCUCAAUCACUCCAACGCUCAUCUCAAACCCUCUCCGCAAUUGGCAGUCUCGCCUUGAUCUUCGGCGGGGAGCUUCGCCCUCGCGAACCCCGCGAUAACGACGUGCACAUCAUCGACCUCGUCCCAACCUCCAGGGAUCAGGACGCGCAGGAGGCCACCCUACGAAGCUAUGUCAAGACCAGUGAUUCGCCCAUAGCACGUGUGGGUACGGCCAGCGCUGUGGUGGAUGGCAAGAUCUACUACUUUUCUGGUCGUGGCGGCGUGGAUAUGGCGCCGAUUGACGAAAGGGGUCAGCUCUGGCGAUUCGAUGCUGGUGGCACCGGUUGGCAUGCAAUCUCACCUACCAACUACUCGCGACCCGUACCAGAGCCUAGAAGUUACCAUUGCAUGACCUCUGAUGGAAAGAACACUCUGUACUUGCACGCAGGGUGUCCCACUUCUGGCCGCUUGUCCGAUCUCUGGUCCUUCGAUGUCAAUGAGCGCAAGUGGAGCCAACUAACUUCUGCACCUGGCGCCCCUAGAGGAGGUACUUCAAUCACAUUCUCAGGUGGUAAAUUGUACCGCAUGGGUGGUUUUGACGGUAACCAUGAAUUGGGUGGUGAGAUUGAUAUCUACGAUAUCGCAUCUAAUACAUGGGACACCCAUACAUUUAAGCCCGAUGGCAAGGGAGGGCCUGGCUGCAGAAGUGUGGGCAGUUUACUCGCUGUCAGUGUCCACGGUAGGCCCUCUCUGAUCACUGCAUUCGGAGAGAGUGAUCCUAGUUCUCUUGGACAUGCUGGUGCAGGGAAUAUGUUGCCCGAUGCCUGGGUUUGGGACGUUGAGAACCAGAAAUGGAGCAAGAUCAUUGGAGAAGAGGGCGGGGAGGUACCACAGGCUCGAGGAUGGUAUGCUGCUGAUGCUAUGGUAGUCGAAGGCAAAGAGUGCAUUAUCGUGCAAGGAGGCCUAGCAGAGGACAACCAGCGCUUGGAUGAUGCUUGGAUACUAAACUUCUGA